GAGUAACAUUCACAUCAAAUUCAUUAAGUACAAACAUAUUAAUAUUGUAAGGGAAAAAUCAGAAAUAUCAAAUAUGGCUAGCAAGUUUGUUGUUAUGUUAGUGGUCAUGGGUGCCCUUAUUUGCACCACCGUCGUCGAUGCUAGGAAGCUCGGCGGUGGACUUGAUGAGGAGAAAACCUUCCUACCGUCUGGUGGGAGUGGUGCGGCUGGUGGAGUUGGGGUAAUCGGGGGAGGUGGUCUUGGUUUAGGUGUAGGUCUUGGUAAUGCUGGACUCGGCGUUGGUAGUUUGUUUGGAGGUGGUCUUGGUGGUGGUGCUGGUGGUCUUGGUGGUGGUGCAGGUGGUCUUGGUGGUCUUGGUGGUGGUGCUGGUGGUCUUGGUGGAAGUCCUGGCGGUCUUGGUGGUGGGUUUGGAAGUGGAGGCAUUCCCUAGGCUAAUUGAUCUCAUGCUAUGUAUACAACAGAGUUUAUUGGCAAAUGUUACAUUUUAUGUCUUUCUUUCUAUUGUUGUUAGAGAGUUAGCUAUGUGUUAACUAUGUGUUAACUUCGUUUAGUGCCUACUAAGGCAUAUUAAUCAUGAUUAGUUAAUGUUGCGUCUUAAUUGUAAGUUACUUUAUUUGCAUUACAUAAUAAACUCUGUUGCUACUAAUAUAA